UGUUAAGGAAAAUAUUUCUGAAGAAAAUACUUCUUCAAUUCUUCAACAUUUCUUCUUCUUCAAAUAUUUGUUUGCUAUCUUUGAUAUUUUUCCCUAACACACGAAGCAUAUUUUUCUGUGGUUCUUCAAAACAUUGUCUUGAUGAAUGAAUAGAGAGCUGGAGUGAAAGAUAUUCGGGGACAACAAAGCAGAUAAUAAAGAAAGAACAAGUCAAGAAGGGAAACAUGAAUUUGACCAACUGUACAAGAGUAACUGAAUUUUUUCUUGUUGGAUUGCCACGUGUUUGGGGAAUGGAAAAUGUGAUCUAUGCAAGCAUCUUUCUGAUCUACAUUCUGUGUCUGAUGGGCAAUGGGCUCAUCAUUGUCAUGGUAAUUGUGGACCGCCAUCUCCAGAAGCCCAUGUAUUUCUUCCUUAGCAACCUUUCUUGCAUUGACAUUGGACACACCACAACCUUUAUCCCUAAACUGCUGGUUAACUAUCUCUCAGCAAAGAAUUCCAUCUGUUUCAACUGCUGCAUUACCCAGCUGUAUUUUUACUUCUUUUUUGGGGUCACGGAAUAUUUUAUCAUCACUUUCAUAUCCUUGGACAGAUACUUAGCCAUUUGCCAUCCUUUGAGAUACACCACCAUCAUGACCUCUGGGGUCUGCCUGAAACUAGCAAUGGCAGCCUGGUUUGGAAGCUUUUUCUCCAUUCUUUACCAGGAAAUAGUGGUGGCAAAUUUACCUUUCUGUACAUCCAACAUUAUCAAUCACUUCUACUGUGAUGUGGGACCUGUGUUGAAGAUUGCAGGAGGAGAUAUUAGAGUCAUUGAAGCACUGGGGUUCUUAAUUAUGGUGAUGGUGGUAAUGUCCUCCCUUUUCUUCACCCUUGUUUCUUACUUCUUCAUCAUUUCGACCAUCCUCCAAAUGCCUUCAGCCACCAGACAGCAGAGAGCUUUCUCUACCUGUGCUUCCCACCUGGUUGUAGUCUGCAUGUUGUAUGGGUCAGUCUGUUUUGUCUAUUUAAGACCUACUGUCAAGAACUCUUCUUUCAGUAGGAUGAAGAUUGUUUCUGUGGUGAAUACUAUAGUUGUCCCAAUGCUGAAUCCUUUCAUUUACACCAUUAGGAACAACGAAGUGAAAGAAGCAGUUUGGAAAGCAUUAAGAAAAAAGUCUCUGGCUUUUCCUAAAAUCUAAAUAUAGACAUAAGUAAAGUGAACAUUUUUGCUGGACUUGGGUAUGUCUAGUUUAAUGAAAAGAAGGACUAGGGGUGACAUGAUAGCCAUGUUCCAAUAUCUCAGGGGUUGCCACAAAGAAGAGGGAGUCAAGCUAUUCUCCAAAG